UCUAUCAAGACUGUAAUAACCUUUAUGGCUGGGCUAUGGCAGAAUGUAUGCCCUAUGGAGGUUUUAAGUGGGUUGAAGCCAAGCUCGAUGGUCUUAACGACUUGGACGACAACUCGCCGAUCGGACGGAUGUAUGAGGUUGAUGUAACGUAUCCAGCAGAACUGCAUGAUCAGCAUAAUGAUCUACCAUUUCUGCCUCAAAACGGAAUACCCGAUGGCUCGAAAGUAAAAAAACUGAUGGCGACCUUCGAGUCAAAAAAAAAUUAUGUCGUACAUUACCGUAAUCUCCAGCAAGCCAUUAAAAACGGGUUGAUAGUUGAAAAAGUGCAUAGGGUCCUACAAUUCAACCAAUCGCCCUGGCUUGCCGAAUUUAUAAAUUUAAACACCGAAAUGAGAAAAAAAGCUUUGAACGAUUUUGAGAAAGACUUCUUCAAGCUUAUGAAUAAUAGUAUUUUUGGUAUUUUUUAUAAUUUUUGUGUUUAUUCAAUUUUAUACUAAUCCUUUUUAAAAUCGAUAGGUAAGACUAUGGAACAAGUUAGACGAAGGAUACUAAUGGAGCUUGUUUCAAACGAAGAUAGAGUGCAGAAACUUAUCAACUUGACCACAUUUAAAUAUGCGACACCAUACA